AUGAGCUCCCUGGACUUCCGCAACGAGGACCUCGACUCGGACUUCAACGUGUCUCCAAUGGAAAGUGAGAUGGCCAACUCGACGCCAAACACCGAGUUCUCGCCUCCGUGCAGUCCUCAGCACAAGGGCCAAAUCCUCAAGGACACCCGAUUGUCCGCAAGGGCUAAGCUCGCCCAGCUGAGCCUGGAGGAGAAAGCGGCCCUCUUUCCUUGCGGUAUAUCCCUUGCGGCAACCUGGAACAAAGCCCUCCUUCGCGAGGUUGGCCAUCAUCUCGCUGAUGAGACGAAGGCGAGAUCUGCCAACAUGCUACUCGCCCCCACCAUUUGCAUGCACAGGCACCCUCUCGGCGGUCGCAACUUUGAGUCGUUUUCUGAGGAUCCCCUUUUGACCGGAAAACUCUCUGCUCAAUAUGUCCGAGGCCUCCAAGAGAAGGGUGUUUCUGCCACAGUAAAGCACUUUGUUGCCAACGAGCAAGAGACUCACCGACUCACCGUUGACUCGGUCGUCGCCGAGCGGCCUCUUCGUGAGAUCUACCUACGGCCCUUUGAGAUUACAGUCCGAGAGGCGAAUCCGUGGGCCAUUAUGUCCUCCUACAAUUUGAUCAACGGCGUCCACGCUGACAUGAAUGACCACACGCUAAAGGAUAUCCUGCGUGGGGAAUGGGGCUAUGAUGGAGCUGUUAUUUCUGACUGGGCCGGCAUGAACUCUACUGCCGAGUCUCUCAAGGCGGGAUGCGAUAUUGAAUUCCCUUACUCGCCGAAAUGGCGCUUCGGAAAACUCAUCGAUGCCCUUAAUAAGGGUCAGGUCACCCAGGAGGAGAUUGACAGGGCCGCAGAGAACGUCCUCACGCUCGUUGCCGUCAUCGGCCCCAACGCGAACCGAGCGAUCGCCGGCGGGGGCGGCAGCGCUAGUCUCAACCCCUACUAUACUACCAUUCCUCUUGAUAGCAUCAAGAAGACUUCGAAGCAGGAGGUUGUCUUUGCGCAAGGCUGCCACAUCUACAAGUGGCUGCCAGUCGCGUCUCCCUACUGCACUGAGAAAUCCGGGCAGGCAGGUGUGAAUAUCGACUGGUUCAAGGGCGAUAAGUUUGAUGGAGAGCCUGUCGUCAUCCAGCGAAGGACCAACACCGAUCUCUUCCUCUGGGACUCCGCGCCUCUCAGCCAGGUUGGCCCCGAGUGGUCCGCCGUCGCCACCACGUAUCUGACGCCUCCCACCACCGGCCGGCACACCGUCAGCUUCAUGAGCGUCGGACCCGGAAAGCUCUACGUUGACGGAAAACUCCGACUCGAUCUCUGGGACUGGACCGAGGAGGGCGAAGCUAUGUUUGACGGCUCCAUCGAUUACCUCGUCGAGGUAGACAUGGAGGCAGGAAAACCCGUCGAAAUCAAGGUCGAGAUGACCAACGAGCUUCGCCCCUUUGCCAAGCAAAAGCAGUUUGGCAUCACGCACAAAUACGGCGGUUGCCGCAUUGGGUUCAAGGAGCAAGACCAACUCGACUACAUCCAGGAGGCUGUGGACGCCGCCAAGGCCGCCGAUGUCGCCGUCGUCAUCGUUGGCCUGGAUGCCGAGUGGGAGUCUGAGGGAUACGAUAGGCAGACCAUGGAUUUGCCGGUUGAGGGAGGCCAGGACCGUUUGAUCGAAGCUGUAGUCGCGGCUAACCCCAGGACGGUGGUCGUCAACCAAUCGGGCACACCUGUCACCAUGCCCUGGGUCAACAAGGUGCCGGCCAUCAUUCAAGGCUGGUACCAGGGCCAAGAAGCCGGUAACGCUCUUGCGGACGUCCUAUUCGGAAUCCAGAACCCCAGCGGAAAGCUUCCUUGCACCUUCCCCAAGCGUAUCCAGGACACCCCUGCUUAUCACACAUGGCCUGGUGAGAACCUCAAGGUUGUCUAUGGAGAGGGCAUCUUCAUUGGUUACCGGCACUACGAGAGGUCCAAGAUCGAGCCUCUUUUCCCGUUCGGCCACGGUAUCUCGUACACUACUUUUGAGUACGGCCGACCAGAGCUCAAGCAGCGUGUUCUCAGCGAAAACGGCACCAUCGAUAUCAUCAUGGGCAUUAGCAACACCGGUAGCGUCGAUGGCUCUGAAACGAUCCAGGUGUAUGUCAGUGACGAAAAGUCCCGCCUUCCCCGACCGGAGAAGGAGCUGGUAGCCUUUGAAAAGGUUGCGCUACCCGCUGGCGAGACCCGCCACAUCCGCAUCAGCCUCGAUAAGCACGCCGUUGGGUACUACGAUUCCUCUCUCAAUGCGUGGAUCGCCGAGGAGGGCACUUUCAAGGUGCUUAUUGGCGCUUCUUCCGCAGAUAUUCGCCACACUGCCACUUUUGAGGUCGAGGAGUCCUUCACUUGGGUCUUCUAA